AUGACCAUGAGCGGCAUCGACAUAACGAGGAGCCUGGAGGACGUGGCAGGGGACGGCAGAGACGGGGAGUCAGACGACCACGUGGUGCGGCUCAAGUUCAAAGACGACAACCGCACGCGCGACUGGGAAGGCGGGCUGUGCCAGUGCUGGUACCACGACACACUGCCUCUCUGUGCCAUCACCGCCGUCCUCCCCUGUAUCACGUUCGCGAGAAUUGUGAAUCGCGCCCGGCUAGGCGACGGGGUUAGGGCCGGCGUGCAGUUCCUGGUGCUGUUUCUUCUCGUGGGGUUUGUGACGUUCUUCUUUCAGAUUUUCGGGGGCGGGUGGCGGGAUGCGGAAGGGAAGCUGCAGAUUUCUGGCUGGGCGCUGUUCCUGCAGAGCGUGGUGAUGUGGGGUGCGAUCAUCGGGUUUUCCUUCUGGCUCGGGAAGUGGCGCGCAGACGUUCGGCGGAGGCUCGGGAUCCGAGAUGCUGCCAUGGCUUCUGGCUUGAGUGGAAGUGGAGGAGGGGUGAGAGGCGAGGCCAUUGGGGGUGGGGAUGAGGAAGCAGGGGCAGCAGGGGGGGCAUGGGAAGGAGGCAUGCAAGGGUACGAUGGGGGAGGGUCAUGGGGAGGCCAUGGGGUAUGGGAGAAGUUCCUCUGA